AUGAGCGUCACGGGGAGGCGCCUUCAGGAGGCGGGCGAUUUGGAGGGCGCCGCGUCGCUGAUUGGCGAGGCGGUGUCGAGCUUCAAGGCGCGUCUCGGUCCGCAGCACCCCGACACGCUCACCUCGAUGAGCAACCUCGGCUCACUACUGCAAACACUGGGCGAUCACACAUCCGCUUCCGACCAGUACUGCAAGGUCGUCGCCGGCCGGCGAGCGUGCUUUGGCGACGAGCACCCAGCCACAUUGGCUGCGCUGAACCAGCUCGGCGUCUGCCUCGCACGCGACUUGUGCUGCCUUGACGGGGGCGCGCCUGCGCUGCGAGAAGCUCUCGCCGGCCGGCGGUCCACUCUCGGGGCGCGGCACCCCGACACGCUGUGCUCCAUCAGGAACGUGGGCGCCCUGCUGUACGCCUUUGGCAACCUCCAGGGCGCGGCGCCGCUUUACCGCGAGGCGCUCGCGGGAUGCCGGGAGGUGUAUGGACGAAACGACCCGCACACGGUGCGCUCGGCCCUCGCCUUUGGCCUGCUCCUAAAGGCGUGGGGGCGAGCAAACGCGGAGGCCGAGGCCUGCCUGGAGGAGGCGUUGGCGGGCUGCCGCGCCACAGGCCCUUGGCCACUGGCAGGGUGUCCAGCGACGUUCCUCGCCUUGAGCUCGCUCGCCGAACUGUUGGAGGCGCGCGGGGAGCUGCAAGCAGCUCUGCCGCUGCUCGCCGAAUCUGUCGAGUGCGCCGCGGUCUAUUACGGCGCGCACCACGAGGAGACGCAACAAUGCGCCGCCGCUUUCAUGCGGCUCCUGCAGCGGGUCGGUCGGUCGGACCAGGCCGAGACCGUCCGGGGUGACUAUGACGUGUCCGAGUACCGUGUCUCUCCGAGCCCGUGGUCGAAGGUCUCCGGCGAGGCUUAG